AUAAUGCGUUGUUUACAUCAAACUAUCACUUUUGCAACAUCUUCUACACACCCAGCAUGAAGUUCGAUCCGCACGGUUUUGCGAAGCACGGGCGCGCGUUUCGGUCGACGGAGCUGUGGCGCGGGGCUGGAGAUGAGCUUAGCCAAACCACAGUGUCGUCACCGCCGGCGCCAGCCUCGACUCCACCGACCCCAAGCUCGACCCUAGAUCCAACGACCUUUGAGGAAAUCUGGAGCGAUAGCGCCUCUGAGCACUCGGACGACUGGUCAGACGUUGCAGACCAUCUUCACGCCCUUCAAAACCCCCCGUCUGCCCUCGACGCCCGCGCAAUGGCGGAGGAUUUCAGCGAAGGGCGCCUAGAGACGCUCGUCGGCAGCCCGCAGAAGGAGCUGGCAGGCACCCAGAACGCCUAUGUCUCCUACCUGGUCUCUACAAAGUCCGACUACCAGUCCUUCCAGAAGCCCGAUUUCUCCGUCCGCCGCCGCUUCACCGACUUCGUCUUCCUCUGGAAACAGCUCUCGAAAGAGUACCCGCAAUGCGCCGUCCCCCCGCUGCCCGACAAGCACAAGAUGGAGUAUGUCCGCGGAGACCGCUUCGGUCCGGACUUCACUCAACGGCGCGCACACUCCCUGCACCGCUUCCUGAAGCGGUUAUCGCUGCACCCCGUGCUGCGGAGGGCCAUGCUCCUGAUCACCUUCCUUGAGAGCCCGGACUGGAACCAGCACAUGAAGGGGAGGUCGUCCAGAGCUGCAAGCGGGUCGGAGCCUAGCGGCGGCCUUGUCGACGCAAUUGCAGAGAGCCUCGUCAACACCUUCACCAAAGUCCACAAGCCAGACAAGCGCUUCAUUGAAGUCAGUGAACGAGCUGGCAAGCUCACCGAGGAUCUGAACAACGUCGAGAAGGUUACUGUUCGCGUAGCUAGGCGGCAGGCCGACCUCGAGCAAGACUACGCCGACCUCGCGACGCAAUGCCAGAAGCUAACGACCCUCGAACCAGCGGUCGAGAGCACCCUGACAUCGUUUGCAGCCUCUGUCACCACGACAUCACAGGGCUUCAAAUCCAUCAAAGAGCACACAGACCAAAACUACCUCACCUCCCUUCGCGACAUGGACGCUUACAUCCUCGCCCUCCGCAACCUCCUGCGCACACGAGAAGGCAAACAGCUCGACUUCGAGGCCCUCUCCGAAUACCUUGCCAAAUCCGCUGCCGACCGCGACUCGCUCGCCUCGCAGCACGGUGCUGGCUUGGGCGCCUCGGGUUUCCUGCGCAGCAAGGUCGAGGACUUCCGCGGCAUUGACCACGACCAAGCGCGGCGCCAGCGUGUGCGCAAACUCGAGGUCGAGAUCGAGCGCCUGACGGGCGAGGUAGAGAACAGCAAGAAGGCCACCGAGGCUUUCGAUGAGCAUACUGUCAAGGAGGUCGCGGACUUCGAGAGGAUCAAGGCAGUCGAGUUCAAAGAUACUCUCGGCGAUUUGGCUGAUGCGCAUGUCAAUUUCUUCCAGGGGACUAUCGAGACGUGGGAGAAGUUCUUGGAGGACAUGCGGAAGGAAGAGGAUGAGCGGAAGGCUGUUGCAUCGUAGGCUGGUGCUGCAGUUGUUUUUUUGGAUGGCUGUGGUGGGGAAACUCGAAUGGAGGAUGGCUGUCCAGAUGGGGUUGCGACGCUUGACGCUCCGCGAGAGGCGCCCGUCGAUGUGGAAUUGGAGUUUACGGGCUUGCUGGAGUCUUUCCAGAGACAGUACCAGUGAGCCGCGGGGGCAAUAUUGGGUGGGACUGGGCUGAUCGAUAGAUCAUUAAUUUACGAAUCACGUUCAACAUCGACCUCGUUGAAGAUGAC